CGUACACAGGCACCAUAAAUUACAGCCAACAAAUAGAUCCUACAUCUCUUGUAGUACGGUACUUGAGCUCAGAAAGUUUAUAGAGUUCUCAAGUUUAGACAUGCCUAUCGAAGACGUUGAAAAGAUAGUUCGCAAGGAGCCCAUCGAGAACUACUACGAUGUUGGAAAUGAGCUUGGAAGAGGAAAGUUUGCCAUCGUGAAGAGAUGCACCGAGAAAUCAAGUGGUACCCAAUUUGCUGCUAAAGUACUAAAGAAACGUCGGCGUGGUAGAUCCGUCCGAGAAGAUAUUCUUGUUGAGAUUGACAUAAUGAGACAGGCCAAUGGUAAUGGCAAGCGUCCCAGAAUUAUCAAGCUGUAUGAGGUUUUCGAGAGCUCCCAUGAAUUUCACAUCAUUCUUGAACUGGCUACUGGUGGAGAGUUGUUUCGAGUGAUAGCCAUCGAGCCAUUGGUGGAAGAGAAAGCGAGAGAGGUGGUGUUUCAAAUCCUGGAGGGAGUGGAACAUCUCCACACACUCAACAUUGUGCAUCUGGACUUGAAGCCCGAGAAUAUCCUGCUGUACCGUAAAGGAUCUCUGGACAUUAAGAUUGCCGACUUUGGCCUUUCUGUGCAAGUGAAGGAGGGACAAGAAAUGAAGAACCUCGUGGGAACAGCCGAAUAUGUCUCUCCGGAGAUCUUGAACUUUGAGCCCCUGAGCACGUUCAGUGACAUAUGGAGUAUUGGAGCUCUGACCUAUGCACUGAUGACUGGCUACUCCCCGUUCCAAGGCGAGACUCACCAGGAGACGUUCCUCAACGUGUCCAUGGCUGACUAUGACUUUGAUGAUGAGUUGUUUGAGCAAGUCUCUAAUGAAGCGAAGGAUUUUAUUGAGAAACUGCUGAUACUGCGUCCAAAAAAGAGACUCACAGCUGCUAAGUGUCUACAGCACCCCUGGAUGAAGGCUCGUAGUGCCAACCUGAACAGUUCAACCUCGUCCCUCGAUUCAGCCGUGUGUAUCGACUCCACCUCAUCCAUGGAACCAUCUCCUUCCAGCUCCACCUCCUCCUCAUUUGAACCCGCUCCCUCUACUCCCACGACAACCUCGGCACCGAUCAUGUCCAAACCAGAGGAUGUCAAAAAGCUCAGCCAAAGCCUCACAACAUCUUUAGUCACCGAGAGACACGUAGCUGACUCAAAGCCAAAGAACAAAGACACUCAAAGUGCUCCAAAAGAGAUAGAAAGCUCGUCAAAGAAAGAUGUACAAUCACCUGAAACUUCCAUUCCUGAACUACAAUCUACCAAAGGAGAUGGUGUGCAAGCUCCGCCCAUUUCUCCCCCGUUGAGUACAGGGUCUAGCACUAGCACCCUCCGAGGUGGUGAUUCUUUCGAGAGUAUUCCAACACUCAAAGAAGACACGGGAAAAUCGAAAACAAAAGUGGAUCUGACGGACAGUGGCGCAGAAAAAGAGGUGUCACCGAAAUCUAAAAACGCUGAUAGUACUGAUAGCACAUCUACAAGUUACAAGUACAGUUCGAGAUUCACUAGGGAUUCAAACGCUUCAGAGUCCAAAGUAUUAAGGAAAUCGACAUCUCCGAGCUCGUCUUUUGAUAAGAAGUACAGGUCCUCCAGGAGCACCUCUGAGGAAAAAGAGACUACUCUGUCUGAUGCCAGCAAGCCUAAGCUCGAAUCCAAAGACACUGAAAAAUCAACUAGUGAGAGUAAGUACACACCGCCUGCAGAGAAAGAGUCAACAGCAAAGGCAUAUCGAUACACGCCUAAAUAUACCCCUAGAGAGAGUGGGUCCAGGUCUCCUAGAGAGGACUGCAUCUCACCAACUAAAGCGGAGCAGAGGCCUAGCUCAAGAAACUCACCACUCGAGAUACGCAGUGAAGAGCCUUACAAGAGGAGGAUUGGAUCCAGAACCAGCUCACUCGAGAACACUCAAGAAGAUUCCACCGGCUAUAGGUCGCGAAGAUUUGCAGCUAACAGUGCAAAUAGUUCUACGGAGGACACUAAGUCGAGUUCAGUAGUGGAGAAACAAUUGCCAACGUCUAAAGUGACCAUUACCGAUGUCACUAGCAAGACUGCUUCAACGGAAUGCACUACCAGUCCUCCACUGUCCACUAUGUUGAGCAAGCCCACGACAGAACCAGCCAAGAUCUCACCCACAAAGACGAAACGUACCACUUCCAUGGAGUCAGAUACAGACUACGGCUCUGGUAGCUCACGUUCCAGUUCCCUCGAGACCACCCCCUCCACGAAACAGGAUAACAAGUACGCCCUCGACAGGGUUCCUAUUGGUCGAUCUCGAGAGAGAACCAGUGAGAGUUAUGUCACCAAGUCAUCCACCUUGGAGCGACCGUACAAGACCAGUUUGACAUCCUCCUACGAUUCUCAGAGAGAUAAACAUUUAGAAUCAGUCACCACUGCUGCUCUAAGGAGCCAAACCCUGGGCCGUAAAUCGGCCCUUAAUUCAACUUCAAACUCGUCGACACGCUUGGCUAGCACUCUGGACCGUAAGCGUCCUCCUUCAAGUCGAAUAGCCUCCUCUGAUGUGACUAGCCUCAACCCCGCUACCAUAGAGAGCCUGGAGAAACUGGAGAGGAUUAAAAGACGAGAUCAUCAUCGACCCCUAACCCCCGAGCCUGAAAGUCCAGGGGUCACUCAGAUCAAGAUGCUGCAAUCACCAGAACGACAAUCACGAAGGAAGAGUGAAGGGAACCAUCCGAUAGGUCAUUUGAUUGGUCACCUGACCUGUACUCCCAGUACACUACCUGAAGAACCCGAGAUUGGUGCGGAAAAGGAUACUAACACGGUUGAAAGCACACAGGAAACGAAUAUUCCUCAAACUACAGAGAAACCAGAUGCCAUUAAAAAUACACCAGACAUUGUGGUGGAAAGUGCAGUUAAAGAUACUGGAGACUUGAAAACAGGCAGCAAAGAUGUCGUAAAGGUUUCUGUCACAACUGAUGAUUCGAUUAAGACUGUUCAAAGUAGUAUAGAAGUAUCGAGCAAAACUACAGAGAAAGAUGACAGUAAAGAUGACUCGCCAAACAAAACUGAAAAUGCUAUUGUACAGAGGAAAGAAAGAGUAGCUGAGGUAGGGAAGAAAGAAGGACUCUCUCGAACAAUGAGUCAACCUCCCAAAUCUACCUCGCCCUCGGACGAUCGCAAGUCAAAGUAUAAGUCCUCCACAGACAAUGUGUACACCCUCGUUUCCCGCUCACCGAUUGAGUCAGUGUGGGGGAGUUUUCGUUCCGAGAAAACAACGUCAAUCCGUACCAAGACGAGGGACGAUCACAGUUGGCGAGUCAAAACCCCAACAUCCGAUUCCCCCCGAAGUACUCAAAUAAAGUGUGAUUCUCCGAAUACAUCCCGCUCCAACACACCUACUUCCCCUCCUUUGCGUAAACCUGACGAGGUUAAACGUGAGAAUUCGUUUGGAUCACGCUCAUCCACACCAACUUCUCCCCUUGUCAAGGAUACAGACAAACCCUUAAGAGAAGGUCGAUCAAGCCCCAAAAUUACCUACACUUCUGUGAAGAUCGAGGAAAGAAUAACCAGCCCUACUCCUAAAGCACCAGUAGUCAAGGAAACUUCUGAAGAGAGUCCGAAAGCAAUAGUUCAUCAUUCUAAGAGUCCAACCCCACUUCGCAGUACAGAGGUGAAACUAAGAACACGUUUGACCACUUCCCCCGGACGAGACCAUCGCCGACCAAAGUCACGUGAUUGUGAGGCCAUGAGAGCAAAGAAAAUCGAGCAGAGGAAGACACCAGUUCUGACUCCCGAGGCAUUGGAAGCUUUGGACUCAAUGCUCAAAUGUGGCGUCACUGAUGACAGUGACGUACUGGAAACGUGUGUGGAGGAGGAAGAACCAAAAGAGACAUCCUAUUUGAAGUUUGAACCUCGCGUUGCAUCUCCUGAAAAGAGAGUCACUCUCGAUUCCAAACCAUCUGUUCUCAAUGAGCCCGCAAUGCCCAGUGCAGUGAGAAAGGUGCUGCUUGAAGAUAAAAGACAGACAAAAAGUGCGAGCACACUCAGUAACGAACGUGACUCCCUCCCCGUGUGCCCGGAGGUGGGGGAACCCCCUUCUGAUGCAUUCUCGCAGAGUAUGGACGCGAGAUUGUCUCUCUCCAGCAAAGGUCGUUUCCGACAUUCGUUUUCCGGUGGCAUUUCCACCUCUCUAUCGAUGACAGACUUGUCUCAGAUUGGUAAGAAAGAAAGCAAAGCUCGACGUGUGGGGAGAUCUAAUAGCAAGCGAUUGAUUGGACGCUCGGCAAUCGAUUCAUACGUAUCAGACAAUCGUACCAGCCCUUCGCGUCGAGGAUCUGGUUCUGGUACUCUCUCUGUUACAAGUUUGCAAAGCUCAUCAUCAAGUACUCUCCCGGCUACUAAAAUACUCAGUGGGAGAGGUAUUGACUAUAAAGAGAAAAAACCUGAAAGAAGGUUUAGAUUAUUCAAGUAAUUUUGCAUUGACUGUUUACAUGUCAGCCUUAUUUAUCCUGUUUGUAUAUUUGCAUAUGUGUGUUGUUUUACAUAAAGAUUCAGCUCUUUUGUGCAUACUCAUGGUCAUGUCAUCUGUGUAAAUGUGUGUUUAUUUUUUUAUCAAUAGUGCUGCAGUUAAAACACAUUUCAAAUUUG